UCUAAAAGAGAAAGGAAAAAGGAGAGAGAGAGCAGAGAAUCUUGGACUUUUCAUUGAUAAUAGAAGACUGAGGAUGGGAGACGAGAUAGCAUCUGCAAGAGAUAGAGAUAGAGAUAGAGAUAGCAGAAGAAGCAGCAGCAGCAGCAAUGUAAUAGAUAUACACCCUCUCAGUGGCUACUACUUCAGUUCCAAAGAAGCCAUUCCCGAUAAAGACGAUACCUUGUCUGAUCGGAUCCUAAGGAUGAAAUCCAACUAUGCUGCAACCGGGAUGAGGACCUGCGUGCAAGGAGUACUUCUGGUGGAAUUGUUUCGACACCCUCAUGUGUUGCUGCUGCAAGUAAGGAAUUCGUUCUUCAAGCUUCCUGGCGGUCGUUUGAGACCUGGUGAAUCAGAGAUAGAUGGACUGAAACGCAAGCUUUCAAGCAAGCUCUCUGUCAGCGAAGAUGUCAUCGGUGCCAAUUGGCAGAUAGGAGAGAGCCUUGGAAUGUGGUGGAAACCUGACUUUGAAACUUUGCUGUAUCCAUAUCUUCCGCCUAAUGUACAAAGACCUAAGGAAUGCACUAAACUUUUUCUGGUGAAGUUGCCAAUGAACCAACGAUUCGUUGUGCCACAGAACCUAAAACUGCUAGCGGUUCCAUUGUGCCAGAUUCAUGGCAACCACAAGACGUAUGGUCCGAUAAUCUCAGGAAUCCCACAGCUACUAUCUAAAUUCUCCUUUAACAUUGUGGAACAUUAAGUCAGAACCCCUUCUGUCUCAACGGUCGGGUUAAUAAGCACAGGUAUACAAGAGCCACUAAAGGUGAGAAUGAGAUGUGUGUUAUAAUGCAAUUUCAGUACAUAUGUGGAAGAAAAACCCCUGGUAGAGAUGUAUUCUUCUGCUAGAUCGAGCUAUCUGGUGUGAACUUUCUCCUCUUAUUUUUUAUUGUAUAUAUUUGAUAAAUGCUAAGGUAGAUGUAUUUUUUCUUCUGAGAAAUGGAAACUACAAAUUCAUAAUUCA